UGCUUACUCGUGCGUUCCGGAAAGCUCCGCAUUAAAAAUAGAACUUGACACGUAGCUUCAUUCUCCUGUUCCACCGGAUACUUGCUUAAGGUUACCAGUGAACUCACCGGUGAUCAGCAUCUUCGUAGGCAUCAUGCUUCGAUUCGUGCUGUUUUCUCUGGCACUCGCCUGGGCUAAUGCUGCUCCCGCUGACACCCUCAAAGAGGCAUUCCAGUGGGUGUCAGACAAGCCGAUGCCGGAUGGGAGAAUCGUGGGGGGAGAGAAUGCUAGAAUCGAAGACAUCCCCUGGCAAGUUUCCAUUCAGUAUGACAUCGGCUUCCAUUUUUGCGGAGGAUCCAUCAUGGACGAGUUGCACAUCAUCACGGCUGCCCAUUGCUGCGCCGGCAAGACGCCCCAGGAACUCCAGAUUAGAGCCGGCAGCAGUAACAAAGGCACGGGGGGAGUCAUUCGCUACGUUGAUGUCAUCAGGCAACACGAGGAAUUCAACUACUUCGAGCUGGUGAAUGACAUCUGCCUCCUGACCUUGACCGAGGCUUUGCCAUUGGACGGCGUAACAAUGAAGGCAGCCACCCUCCCCACACAAGGCCUGGAGUAUGAGAGUGGAACGGAGGUGAGUGCCAGCGGAUGGGGAACGCUGUCCGAAGGGGGAUCCUCUCCGGACAUCCUCCAAGUCGUGGAUGUCCGCACAUACACAGACGAUGAGUGCAGGGCACUUCAAGAUGGUAUCACUGAUGACAUGCUAUGUGCGGGUGUCGAUGAGGGCGGCAAGGAUUCCUGCCAGGGAGAUUCCGGAGGUCCUCUGUUCCUGAAGGGAGAUGAUAGGCACCUUGUGGGGGUCGUUUCCUGGGGACGAGGUUGUGGAGAACCCCUUCUUCCAGGAGUCUAUGCUCAGACCUCAGUAUUCGUGAACUGGCUGGGGCAGCAGGUCCAAUGA